AUGAUCGCGUCAACAGCACUCCUCUGGGAGCUCGACGUCUGCCCGCCAGGUGGCACCAAAACCGUCCUCAUCAACUGCUUCAACAACGUGCUGAGGGCGGUGGAGCUCAUCAUUGAGGACUUCCAGAUCGCAAACUACAACAAAUGCCACGAUUGCCUGAGGGUCGCGGCAGAGGAGGAUAACCUUCACGCGUUGCAUUUGGAAUACAAAGACGACGUCCGGACCAGGGACCACACUGUAAUAAUCAUGAGGGAUGAGAUCAAUGGGUGGUUGGAAAACACCAUCACGAAUGGCGCGUUGGGGGCGGCGGACCGCAGUAUGCUGUUGGCGCUCAGCGGGUGCGGACCGUUCCCCAAGAAAACGAAUUCUCAGCAGGAGAAAUGGAAGAAGACGGCUGGGGAGAUCGACGUGCCAACAACGUACGUGGCCAUU